GGUCAGCUGAUGAAGGCAGGAGCUGGAGAACCCAGAAGCCGGGCUGUGGGGAGGCUCUAGACUUGAGCUGUCGCCUGCCUCAGCACACCGGCUUCCUCCCUCCCUCCCUCCGAAGCCAUGGUCUGGAGGAAGCUGGGCUCCAGCAACUUCUCCAGCUGCCCCAAUGGCUCCAGCCAGUGGAUAUGGGACGUGUUUGGCGAGUGUGCCCAGGAUGGCUGGGACAAGGCCAGCGUGGGCCUGGGCUUGAUCUCCAUUCUCUGCUUUGCUGCAUCCACCCUCCCCCAGUACAUCAAGGCCUGCAAGACGGGCAUCAUGGACCAGGCCCUGUCUCUGUGGUUCCUCCUGGGCUGGAUCGGCGGAGACUCCUGCAAUCUCAUUGGCUCCUUCCUUGCUGACCAGCUGCCCCUGCAGACCUACACAGCCGUGUAUUACGUCUUAGCCGACGUGCUGAUGCUGUCGCUGUACUUCCAUUACAAGUUUAAGAAACGCCCCUGUGUGUCCCUUCACGCAGCAGGAAAUCAUUGGCUUCGUAAUCGGCUCCGUGUCCAGCAUGCUGUACCUGCUCUCCCGGCUGCCUCAGAUCCGCACCAAUUUCCUGCGGAAGUCGACACAGGGGAUCUCCUACUCGCUGUUCGCCUUGGUGAUGCUGGGGAACACGCUGUAUGGGCUGAGCGUGCUGCUCAAAAACCCCGAGGUAGGCCAGGGCGAGGGCAGCUAUGUGCUGCACCACCUGCCCUGGCUCGUGGGCAGCCUGGGCGUCCUGCUGCUCGACACCAUCGUAUCCUUCAGGUUCCUGAUAUACAGGGAUGCCGCCACCUCAUCAGAGCGCCAGCCACUCCUCCCCAGCUGAGCAGGACCCAGGCCAAGCCCAGGAUGACAGGGACCUGCAGAUGCCACACUCAGGAAGGGAGAAGGGCCGCCAUCACUGUGGGCAGUGAUGGUGCUGGGCUGGGCUGGGCCGUGGAGGAAGCUGGGGGUGCCUAGAACCCCUGGCCCGACCGCCUACCCCCAACACCUCCGAAACCUCGUGAGCUGACCCUUCGGAAGCCCUGACUGAUGGACUCUUCCAGGAGCAGGUCAGCCCCCAGGGCCAGCCCACCCGGCCUUGGGAUUCACCCCCAGGCUCUGAGGCAACUGUCCCUGGAGCCUGAAGGGAGGGGCCGCAGCCGAGACCUCGCGUCUCAGAAGACAGUGCGGCUGCCCCUCGGCUCACCUACCUCGUUCUGCCUGCUUCCCCCACGCAACCGCCUGGGGAGGAGCCCAGCUCAGCCUGGUGCACCCUGGACUAUACUGUCGACUGCAGAUGGCCUAGUAAACGGUACUCCCAGGGAGGCCUGUUCUGGAGCUCCUUCCCCGAGGUGCUCCAGGGCUCUGGGCUGCUCUGGGGAACAGAGAUGGAUGGGGAUCGGGAUCCCACCUGCAGGUCCCAGGUGGGGGCCUAAGGGCUCAGGAUGUGGGAGAGCCAAGUCAGAGGGGACUGUGUCUGCUGGCCCACCCUGCCCAGCCUCUUGGGCCUCCGGUUUCUUCAACCUGCUUCUCUAUGACAGGCUCCACACCUGGUGGUGGGGACACAGCAGUGAGAAAGACACUCCUCCAAGAGGAUCCCUGCUCCGCGGUGCUCAGCAAGAAGCGGAAUGGUUAAGGUUCAGACUUUGGUUCUGCAUCUCAACUUCUCUGUGCCACAGUUACCUCAUCUGUGCAAUGGGGUGACAGUAUUACCACUUCAUACGUCCUUCUAGGGAUUAAAUAAAAUGGUGUGAUUAUGGGUGUUA